AUGGGAGCAAGCCUCCGGCAAGCCUGGGCUGAAGGCAUAAGUGGUCAGGCGCUCUUCGUCGUCUACCUCGACAACGAGGAGAAGUCAAUUGGCCUCGAGUUUGAGACGGAUUCGCUCGAGGUCAAGGCUGUUACUCCAGGUGGGCUUCUUGACAGGUACUGCCAGCAGGAGAACGAAUUCGUUUGCCCAGGUGACAGGAUUUACUCCGUGAACGAUUUCACGGACAAAACCGACAUCAUUCGCCAGUUGAAAGAGCAGCCUCAGCUUGAGAUUAUGUUCUCAAAGCUGAUCGUGGACGUGAAGAUCAUCAAGAGACCCGGGAAGAAGCUGGGUGCAGCAACAGACCCAAAGACCUUCACCAUCCUCAAGAUUGCCGAUGAGAGUCUCAUCGAUGACUGGAACAAGCAAAAUCCGAAGGAGAGAAUCUGCAUUGGGGACACAGUGAUUGCUGUCAACGGCGUUGUUGACAAAGACAAGGCUGUUCAGGAGAUCGGCUCCAAAGAGGAGCUCCUGCUGCGCGUUAUGCGAGGUCCACGACGGGAUGGCCAGGACCCGAUGGGCAGCAUGGGCAAGCUCCCGGCUCCGAAGGAUCCUGACGGCAAGAAAGGGAAGCCACCCCCUCCCGAGAAGCCCACAAUGAAGAUGUAG